GCCUCGCCAAGUUCCUACAGCCCCCAGCCGAGCGACCGCCGGGAACGAGCACCGCCCGGGUAGCAGCGGACGGCGCAGACCAGCCAGGCUGCGGCGCACGUCAGAAAGGCUCCUGGGAAACUCUCACCGGCCCGGGACUGGGGAAGGAGAGAGAGAGCAGCUCCAGGGCGCGCAAGUCUGCAAGGGAGUGCUCCGCUCGGCACCUGUUCCUCUCGCGCCACCGCCUUCCCAACCGCUCGGACCCGCGCCUCCUAGGCGCCCUCCCGCCCCGGCGAUGAAUCCCGCGCUGGGCAACCAGACGGAUGUGGCCGGCCUGUUCCUGGCCAACAGCAGCGAGGCGCUGGAGCGCGCGAUGCGCUGCUGCACCCAGGCGUCCGUGGUGACCGACGACGGCUUCGCCGAGGGCGGCCCCGACGAGCGCAGCCUGUACAUCAUGCGCGUGGUGCAGAUCGCCGUCAUGUGCGUGCUCUCGCUCACCGUGGUCUUCGGCAUCUUCUUCCUCGGCUGCAACCUCCUCAUCAAGUCCGAGGGCAUGAUCAACUUCCUGGUGAAAGACCGGAGACCGUCUAAGGAGGUGGAGGCGGUGGUCGUGGGGCCCUACUGACCGGCCCUCCGGCCCCGCGGCGGCCGCCCCACACCUCCCCACCUCGCCAGCCCGGCCGCGCCCCCUCACCAUCCGAGACCGGGCGAAGCAAACCUGUCGGAGUCAAUUAUUUCUCCCGACUCCUGCCUUUCGGGAUGAAGCGACCUGUUUCUCGCUCGCUCUUGGAAAGUCCCCAGGCCUGGCUGGAGGAGGAGAGUGCCCUCACUCUGGACUGAGCAGCAAGUGGCAAGAGGAGGGAGAUUAGGGCGCAAACUUUGGAAGCUGCUUGGGAUGCGGGAAAACCGACGGGGCAAAGGCCCUUCUCCACCCGCAGGUGGGCCAAGCUCUGGGGGCAGGUGGAGAGGGCGGGCAGGGGAGAGACCCACCAGCACCGGAUGCCCGAUGGCCUGGAAAGCGAUCCGUGCAUACGCCACGGAACAAAACUAAUGGGGGCUCAAAUCCGUGUCCGGAUUGGCGCCCGUUCUCUCCCGGUCCUCCCAGCCCUGGCGGGAGAGGCGAUGAAUACCUUUGCUUGAUUGCAACGUGCCGUUUUAAGGGGUUUUUGUGUUUGCUUGACUAUAAAUAUUUGAUAACUCUUUUUCUGCCCUAGUGACCUGUUUGCCUGCUCCGGAGUUAGGGUUUUGUCAUCGUGGGGAAAAGGGUGGGGGAGGGGGAGCCUGCGAAUGUGAACGGGGUGAGUUGUUUCUUUUAUUUCAUUCACAACUGGGUCUUUGGAGAGCGGGGCUGGCGCCACAGCUGGCCCCCGGCAAAGACCCGAAGUAGAACUGUGUCUGUAGCUCGUGACUGCACGAUUUAUGCCACAAAAGUGCUCUUGACAUUCGUGACACCGUUUUGACUUUUUAUUUUUCGUGUUUAACAUUUCCUUAAUAAAUGCAAUAUUUAAGUGGUGU